GUCAUUCAGACUAUUUUCACUGCGACUCGCUAAAGUACACAAAAACCAUGAGAAAACAACAUCAAGGUAAGAGUGAAAAGGAAGCGAAAGAAAUUGACAGGUCUGAUUUUCUCCUUUCUCUCAUUUGAAUUGAUGAAAUGGUAAUUGAGAAUGCAGCCGCUUUUUCAUCAAGCGCUUAUUUAAGGAAACGAAAGCAGGCUGAGAAACAGGUUGUUGAUGAUAUCGAAAAAGAUGCAAGUCAUUAUAGAAAGAAAAAUAUCAACUCUUCUUCUUCGCUAGAAAUUGACAUCCCAACAUCACACUCAGACUCGGGAAUUAAGGACCAUAAGGGUACUAGUGAGCUCAGAAAGACGAAUCCAAUUGUUACAGACGAACGAUUGAACCAAACUUCAGAAGAAAAACUCGAAUGGCUAGAAAAAGUACAGGGAAUGCUGGAGUCUCAUAUGGCAUUGAAUGCUAAUAAAGGCUAUAAUCCUCUGGAAGCCUCCAGGACUAUUCGAAAAAUAAAUCAGAUUAAGGAGACAACUCAUACAGUAAUAGAUAUAGCUAGAGAUUCUUUCAUGAAUUCUUCGUCUCUUUUCGAUAAGGAUCAAAUUUACGAUUUAGAGUCUGCCUAUUGGAACCUGAAAACAAGAUAUACUGAAGCAGCAUCUUCCCUUGCUGAGAAAGAUAAUCGCCAUCAGUCAGAGAUACAUUCACUCUUGGAAAGUUCGGAAAAAGAUAAAGAAUUAUUGAACACGCUUAAAGCUGAAAUUUCAGAAAAAGACACUGUUAGUGAAUCACGACUGAACGCUCUUCGGGGACUGUUAAAUGAAAAGGAUAUUGAAUUAGCUAAACUUCAAGGAGAACUUGACAAUAUAAAGCAUCAUGAAGAAAAGAACCGAAAAAAAUUGGAGCGUGAGUUGCAGCGGCAGAUUGUUCAUGUACGUGAGCAAAUUAUAAACAUCACUGCAGAGUACAAAAAUUCUUUUGAGGAGUUACAGAAAAGUUUCUCUAAAAGGAUUUUUGAUUUAAAAAAGGCUUACGAGACACAGCUUCAGGAAAAGGUGGUCUACUUUCAGAAGAGGAUAGACGAGGGGAAAUUACAAGAAAACAAUAGCAAAGAAUAUCAUGAAUUAUUGCUUUCUGAAAAAAACAGGGAAUUUGAACGGUAUCAACAGAAAAUGGAAGCAAAGAUAUCUACUAUGAAAGGAAAGCUUGAUGAAAUUCAAGUGGAAUUGGACCGAGCAAACAGAAAAUUAUACGAAAGAGAAAAAGAACAUACGAUGGCUUUAAAUAAAAUUGAUGAGCUCAAUACACUUUUGAAAGAAAAUCAACAGAUGGUAAGCGACAAAGGUCAUACUUUUUCCGAAUUUGAAUAUAAGGUAUACGAAUUAACAAAAUCGAAUGAAUCAUUAUCUCAAAAAUUAUUUGCUGAGGAGACUCUUAGGCGGCAAUUACACAAUACUAUACAAGAAUUAAAAGGAAAUAUUCGCGUCUUUUGUAGAAUCCGGCCCUUCUUACCUCGUGAACAACAACAGUUGGAAGAACUUGAGUCGAUCUUUCAUUAUCCAGAUAGUCAUUCUUUAGAACCACGGGAAUUAUUGCUUAAAGGACCUACUGUGGAGUCCUCUCUCGGUCAUGUACAUGAUAAGAACUACUUCUUUUCUUUCGACCGGGUAUUCUCUCCGGAAGCUACGAAUGAAGCCGUAUUUCAAGAAAUCACACAUUUAGUCCAAAGUGCUAUUGAUGGGUACAAUGUGAGUAUUUUUGCUUAUGGACAAACUGGAUCUGGAAAAUCCUAUACCAUGUUGUCAAAUGACGGUAUGGUAACACGAGCUGUAAAGCAGAUCUUUGAGUACGUCGAACUACUGAAGGAAAAGGGAUGGAAUUAUAAGUUACAGGGACAAUUUUUAGAGAUUUAUAAUGAAAGGAUUUAUGAUUUAUUGGACAAACAAGGCUUGAUGCAACAGCAAAAGCAUGACAUCCAUCAUGAUGAAAGAGAGCGACGCACAAUUGUGGAUAAUGUAAGAGUGAUAGAUUUUGAGAAUGAAGAGAUGGUCUAUAAAAUGCUUGGAAAAGCAGCAGAAAAUCGAUUUAUCGCAGCUACGAAAGCUAAUGAACGUUCCUCGCGUUCUCAUACUGUAUUCACAUUAUAUAUUGAUGGAUGGAAUGAAAGCAUGAAGCAGAUUUGCAGAGGAACGCUAAAUUUAGUUGACUUGGCAGGAUCCGAACGUCUGAGUUUUAGCCAGGCGGAAGGAGAACGUUUACGAGAGACCCAAGCUAUUAAUAAAAGUUUGAGUUGUUUAGGAGAUGUUAUCCAUGCACUUGGUGUUGCAACUUACGUUUCUGGUAAAGGGAAUAACCAUAUACCUUAUAGAAAUUCUAAGCUUACUUACUUAUUGAGAUAUGCUUUGGGAGAAAAUGCAAAAACACUUAUGUUCGUUAAUGUUUCACCGCUAAAGUCUCAAAUAAUGGAUACCCUGAAUAGUUUACGGUUUGCGAAGAAGGUGAAUGAUACAAGAAUAGGACCCAUGAUGAAGAAUCGUGAGUCGAUGUCCUUCGGUACAUAAUGUCAAUAAUAUUUAUACUAUUUGCUUUAAUAUGUUAAGAGGAAGCAUUUGCUUUGGAUGCGGCUUCGGUUUGAGCUUGAACGAUAGCAGACUUGAGUUUGGCAAAUUCCACCUUUGAACCUUCUAUUUGAUUUUCCACACGAGCACUAAAAUUGUUAGCUUGAAUGAACUUCUUUUUUCCUUACGUCUCCUUAAAACGAGGAGCAGAUGUAAAGGAAAACAAAAAGCAUACAUUUCUUUUUUAAUGAAGUCGAGUCUUGUCUGAACAUUCGUCUUUGCUUCCUCUUGGGUUUGCUUAACAAGAGUGGGCCCGAUUUGCUUGUAAAUAUUGGAGUCGCCAUCGAUUCUUUCUAAUUCCUACUAAGGUUAGCUGAUUGAAUUUCGUUUUUCGUUUGAUGCUUUAGCUGUUUCCAGUUUUAGAUCAAAAAAAAACAUACAUUAUAAACUGUGGUAUUUUCUUGUAAUUGAGCUUCGAGCUUUUUUAUCGAAUCAACAAAUCCUGUCAAUUCUAAUGAAAAUGUGAGUCAAUGUUCUUGCGUUCAAACCAUACCGCUUUGUUUUUCUUGAUAAUUCCUAGCUAAAUCUUCCAUAUUUUAGGUUUUGUUGAGCAGGUUCCUCUUCCAAAAAUUGAAUACAAGAAUUGGUUUGAGGUCCUAUACCUAUGUACAAUUCUUAGCUUCGGUGAAUAUGCUAUUAACGAGGUUUUUUCUUCUUAUGGUUAUUUUGAACAAGUUCGUAGAAGCAUCCUUCAGGAGAAAAUUCGCAGAUUGAAGAGUAAAUUAAUAACAUAAAAUAAAAAAAUUAUUCAUUUUAAAAGAAAGGAAACCAUAUGAAUCUGGUGCUUAC